AUGUCAACUAAAUCAUACAAGGAAAGAGCUAAGUCUCAUUCAUCGCCUUGUGCGAAGAAGCUGUUGGAACUGAUGCACAACAAAAAGACAAACUUGUGUGCUUCGGUCGAUGUUCAUACUACCGAGGAGCUACUCUCAUUAGUAGAAACCUUGGGUCCACACAUCUGUUUAUUGAAAACUCAUGUUGACAUCUUGACUGACUUUACAUAUGAGGGAACUGUUAUACCGCUAAAGAAGUUGGCUGAGAAGCACAACUUCAUGAUCUUCGAGGAUAGGAAGUUCGCGGAUAUCGGUAACACUGUAAAGCUUCAGUAUGCAUCUGGUGUCCACCGUAUUGCAGAAUGGGCGGACAUUACAAAUGCACAUGGUAUCACUGGUCCAGGCGUUAUUGCAGGCUUGAAACAAGCUGCAGAAGAAGCUAGUAAUGACGUCAGAGGGCUUCUUAUGUUAGCGGAACUAUCUUCUAAAGGUUCCCUAGCCUACGGAGAGUACACACAUAAAGUGGUUGAGAUGGCCAAAGUUGACCCCUCCUUUGUCAUGGGUUUUAUUGCCCAGAGUGACGUGGGAGGCCGCGAGGAGGGUAACGACUGGUUAAUUAUGACUCCUGGUGUAGGACUGGACGAGAAGGGAGACAGUCUAGGUCAGCAGUACCGUACUGUCGACGAUGUUGUAUCGGGCAGCACCGAUAUAAUAAUUGUUGGUCGUGGCCUCUAUGGUAGCGGCAGGAACCCAGCUGUUGAGGGUCCCCGUUACCGUAAGGCAGGUUGGGAUGCGUAUAUAAAGAGGUUAUCAUCUACGUAA